AUGGCGGCCCCAGCUAAGCUGGAGAACCUGUCCCUGGUGGUGCACGGACCCGGGGACCUUCGCCUGGAAAACUACCCAGUUCCUGAACCAGGCCCGAAUGAGGUGCUGCUGAAGAUGCACUCUGUUGGGAUCUGUGGCUCAGAUGUUCACUACUGGCAGCAUGGUCGAAUUGGAGAUUUUGUUGUGAAAAAGCCAAUGGUGCUUGGCCAUGAAGCUUCAGGAACAGUUGUAAAAAUAGGAAACCUGGUGAAGCAUCUAAAACCAGGGGACCGUGUUGCCAUUGAGCCUGGUGCCCCCCGAGAAACAGAUGAAUUCUGCAAGAUUGGUCGAUACAAUCUGUCGCCAUCUAUCUUCUUCUGUGCCACACCACCUGAUGAUGGGAAUCUCUGCCGGUUCUAUAAGCACAGUGCUGACUUCUGCUACAAGCUUCCUGACAGUGUCACCUUUGAGGAAGGGGCCCUGAUUGAGCCACUGUCUGUGGGGAUCCAUGCUUGCCGACGAGGUGGAGUCUCUCUGGGGAACAAGGUCUUAGUGUGCGGAGCUGGGCCAGUUGGUAUUGUCACUUUGCUUGUGGCCAAGGCAAUGGGAGCAGCUCAAGUAGUGGUGACUGAUUUGUCGUCUUCUCGGUUGACCAAAGCCAAGGAAGUCGGGGCUGAUUUUGUCCUCCAAAUUACCAAGGAGAGCCCUCCAGAAAUCGCUAGUAAAGUGGAAAAUCUGCUGGGAAGCAAGCCGGAUGUCACCAUUGAAUGCACAGGAGCCGAACCCUCCAUCCAGACGGGCAUCUAUGUCACUCGCUCUGGUGGGACCCUGGUGAUUGUGGGGAUGGGGUCCGAGAUGGCCACCAUACCCCUAAUGCACGCAGCUGUCCGAGAGGUGGAUAUCAAGGGUGUGUUUCGCUACUGCAACACGUGGCCAAUGGCGAUUUCCAUGCUUGCCUCCAAGUCUUUGAAUGUGAAACCCUUAGUCACCCAUAGGUUUCCUCUGGAGAAGGCUGUGGAGGCCUUUGAAACAUCCAAAAAGGGACUGGGGUUGAAAGUCAUGAUCAAAUGCGACCCCAAUGACCAGAAUCCUUAAUGUGAAUUGAGCUGUGCCCUCAGCCCACCAUCUCAGCAUCUGAGGGCUAAAUGGCUAGGCAAGGGUAGCCCUUGAUACAGAACAUUCUUUUGAAUGGUUAAAAAAAUUAAUAUAACUCAUAAUAAGCGGAGAGCCUUAUAGAGCACACAGAAGUAGUGGAGACAGUUUGGGGGACCUCGUAGCCAAGAUGACUUGCUCAUACCAAGCAGAGGCUAGCAGAGAGCAAAGUUUAGCAUUGUGGUGCUGGGAGCUUCCUUCUUCCUCUAGUACCUUCUUUGGGUUAGAAGACAAAGUGUGUCUUUGGUGUCCAGGUUCCACUGUGACUGACCAGGGACUGAGUUAUGAAGAAACGACUUCAUUGAAUGGAUGUGGCCCCAGGGCUAAUUUUUAGGGCUGGGAUAUGAGAGGUUGCCAGCAGCUGUGGUUCAGAGCACAGUGUUUCUCAGGGUAAAUUCUAUUUGAUUUGAUGAUAAAAGGAGAAUCAGAAAAGGAACUAGCUUUCUGGAUCCAGGAUAAGUUUAAAAAACCAACUGAAGGACUAAAACUGAAAUCCCAAAUGAGGUACACCAGCUUCCAUCUCCCCAUUGUGGAAAGAAGAAGCUCACUUCUCACUCUCGCUCAAAGACCACCUCUCAACUCUGGAGAAUUCUAUCAUUCCAUCUGCAAGGUGGGGGACCACCUUUGCAAGCUGCUCAUCCAUUCUGAGGCACAGAAGCAGUCACCAGGCAACCAGGAGACUUCUACCUGAACACAGUAGCAGGGAGACCUAAAAUCCUGCCUGACCAGCCCAAGAGGACCGCCUGGGCUUGAGUUCUGCACCUGUAGGAUUGGCUUCCCCUCCUAGGCUCACCCACAGAUGAUUAUUAGUUCUGGUUAUCAUUGACAGAAGAUGUUCCCUUCUCAUAGCCAUUUAAGGCUCUUGCUGUCUUAUCUGUUAGAAGGAUAUUUCUGAAUUUAUUUUAAUCACAGGGUCUUUUCUGUACAAGAUUUUGUUCCAAAUCAUACCUUUUGUGAUUUUUAAGCUAAAUUAAUCAAGAAUGAGGGUAUCAUAGCUAUGACAUAACUUGUGCUGCACCCUUUAAUCCCUCUCAUCAGCUGCAGGUAGAGGAUUUGUUUGAAGAAACUUAUGUUCUUAUAGUUGGGAGAAGAUUGCGACCAGCACCCGAGCUUCCUCAUACUGCUUUGAGUAAUAAAUUCUGUCGCUGGUGUCUGA